CGUUCAAGUAUCAACAAUAGGAUGCACAAACAGCCGCCCAGCAGCUUCGGCCAGGCCGCUGAGGACCUGCUGAGGGUGUACGACCACGCCCUGGAGCAGCAGGUUCUGGAGCGCGGGUCCAGCCUGCCAUGCAGAGAGGAGAAGCUUUGGAAGCAGGUGGAGGAGAUGCUGAAGAUGGGGGAUGCUCGGGAGACACACUGUCUGGGUUUGGAUCCGCUGCAGGAGAUGGAGGAGGCCCUACAAGCUGGAGCUGCAGCAGGCCUCCGCAGGAGGAGAGCGAACGUACGAGUGGGACUGAAGGAGCUGGCCCAAGUUUUUGAGUUCCUGGAGCAAGCGUCCUUGAAUUUGUAUCUGGGACCUUGGAGAAAAGAGUACAAAGUCAUCAAGAUGUAUUCAGGUAGAUUCACACACUACGUAGCGCCGGUGCUGUCCAUGCCUCAGAUCGAGAAACUAUUUGGGUUAUUGGGGUACGAGUAUGGCCCGUCAGAACCCCAACAGCUUCUGCUCCAGCCGCCCAGAGUCCACCCCGGUUCCCUGAACCAGUUUCUGCGCCUGUCAUGUGCCUUCUUCAUGGCCCGCUGCGAGUGCCAUCUCCUCUGGACGGCUCUCAGGAACCACCCCAGCGACGGCCAGUGGGAGCUGAGCCUGGUACACGAGAGACGGAGAGGAAACGCCCUGCAGGUGGCUCUGGAAAACACCCUCAAGAAGUUUGAGGUGAAGAAGCGGCUCCACAUAGAUCCUGACCUGGAGGAGGACUUGUACGGAGCUGAUCUGGAAGAGAUGGAGAAUGGAAACUUCUCCUUGUGGCCAGUUCAGACCCCAGUGCAGCCAGAGACCCUCAGAGGUUCUGCACCUACGAAAGCUCCAGACAAACGGUCCCUUGAGGAGCUGAACCUCCCAUCAGAUGAGAAGGCGGGGCCUGAAAGCCGCCGUACCUGCAGCUGUCUGAAUUCCCCUGAGCUUGUAAUACGAUCCCUUGAGUGCGACAGCCUGCACGACUUUUCCUGUGCCUACUUCAGGAAAUGUCAAACGCGUCACAGCGUGGGUUAUGUAAUGAAGCGGCCCAACGGAAGCACUGAAGGAGCUGCACCCGACUCGCCACUCGGAGACGAUCCAGAGGCUCCGCCUCCUCAACCAAUCAGCUUUCACGCUUGCUGUGACCUCACCAGACUGGACCCUCGGGUUCUGUGUCACAGCUGCAGCGUCUUCCACUCUUCCUCCUGCAGGGACGCCGUCGUCUGCAAAGGCCAGCACGCCGUCAGCCCGCUGGGGGUGUGUUCCUGUGGGAAGGAGUCCAGCAGGAACCCCACGGUGCUGUGCAGGUACUGCGGCAGGGACUACUGCAAGGACUGCUGGUACAGGAGCCCGGUCGCAUGCGACUGCGGCCAAACGUUGGACCAGUCGACCCCUGUGUGACCUCUGCACUACUGAGGCACUGAGUGGGCGUGCCUUAAACCUGCCAAUCAGAUUCGAGAGUUGCCUUCCUCUGAGUUUCUGGGAUUCUUUGGUGUUGAAGCAUUGAGUUCACGUUCUGUCUCCUCAAAGUGUUGGUUCCGUCAGGUUUAUUACAGCUGACACUUCUGCUUCACUCCUUUGUGUUGAGCUGAAAGUGUUUGUUCUUAUGUGUUGUUUGCACAGUCUGGAGUAAAAGGGUCACCGCAGUCUUAACGUGUGUUUACUGCCAUUUGAAAUCAAUAGUUACUGCCUUUGAUGCUGCUACUCUGCAGCUUCACUAAUGUAGAAUGUUUAAACGAUAUAAAUGGAUAUCUAACGUUAAGUUUAUCACCACAAUAUUUAUUUCAUGGAUCCAAAGUGCCAACAUUAAACUGAUCUGAGGCCUUUC